AUGGGGCAAAUAUAAUAGAUAUGUGCAAAAAAUAUAUAACAAUGUGAUUCAUCAAUGACUGACUUGAAGCAACUUGUAAUUAAAAGAGAAUGCCAUAAGGAAGGCAGUUCUAGUGUAACAUUGGAAUAGAGUACCUUGAUAACGGAAACAUUAGAAGAGCUUAAAUUGAAACUAUCUCAGGAUGAGGAUAAAUUAAAUUAGGAAGUAGAAACAACUAUCAGUAUGGUUGAGUCAUUCUAGAAGUUAGAAACUAAAAAUCUUUCUCAAAGAGAGUUAGACAAAAUCACUGACUUCAAUGUCAUUAAUAAUUCCGAUGGAACUAAAAAUAGAUCAAAAAGUGUAUUUAUUAGAAAUAUUCUCUCUGAAAUACCACCUAAGAGCAUUUUGAAAAAUAAGGAAAUGCCUUAGGAUUAGGGAAAAAGAAACUUACAACAACAAAAAAGAGUUAGGUUUUCAAUAAAGGACUUAUAGAAGAAUAAACUAUAGUAAAAGUAUAAUGGAUAUAUGAAAAUUUCAUAUCUUUGA